UCUAGCUGCCUGGCGGCGGGCAAAGAAUUACAGGAGGCAAUGAGGUUGAGGCACUCGCUUCUAUCCAGCAGCAUUCUAGUGGGCAACAAACCCUAGCAAUGGCGGUGGGACUGGGAUCCGGGGCGAGCGUCGCCAUCCACCUCUCAGUUCCCAGGAGAAAGUUCUUUCACACGCGCGCUUCGCAAUGGGGGUACCACGAAGUGUCCACCAAGUUUGUGGAUGAUACCAUUUGUGAGAUGCUCGCUACAAGCAAGGACAGGGCAAGCCAGGUGGUGCUAUGCUCGACAAUAGAUCAACCAAAGCUCCAUCGCUUGGCGACAUGGAGCGCUCUUGCUCCUCUUGUCAUCUUCGAUGUCUCUCCUUCGACUUCCAAGCAUGAUGUGCCUUCAAGGAAGAACAAGAACUUCGUGCUCCGGCAUGUAACUUGCGAUUCACUCCACGAAGAUUGGACUCCAGCGCUCGUUGAAGCUGGAUAUAGGGGAGAUCGGCCCAGCAUUUGGGCUUUACAGGGCCUGAAUUUGCGUUCGAACGAUCUACUUGGGGGCGUGAGCACACAUGCCAUGAAAGGUUCGUACAUCAUAGGCGAUGUCCUCCGUGGAGCACUGCUACAAAACUUUCCUUCUGCUGCAAAAGCCGAGAAAGUGUUGCUGCGACGGAAGUUACUCGGCUAUGGUCUUGAAACCGAGGCGGCCCACACUUUGUCUUGCGGAGGGGAUGACUACGUGUUUUUCGUCUCUAAGCAAUUGCGUUUAUCAGUCGAACAGGUGUGCUACGGUCUCAAAGAGAUUGAGAUGGCCGAAGAAGUGGAAGAAGAUGGUUUUGAUGACUGGUAGCACGGCAAAAUCCAGGAAAAUGUGAUUGCUAGCGAUUGAUGGAUCAGGUAUCUCUUUCUCGUA